GGAUGCUGGGAUUCUGCAGGCUCGGGAAAACGCCAUCUUUAAACCCCAGAAGAAAACACAGUUGAGCGCCGGGGUUCAACGACACACCGUGCCUGCGUUGGGUUAGAAUUUUGCGGGCAUCAUCAUGAGCAGUUUGUUGACCAGCGAAACAAAUAAGCAACUAAUUGAAAGAACUGUUAAUACUCAACCAAGCCACAUUUUAUGGUCUUAGAAUUGUACUAUCAGAAGGCCGACAUCAACAACAAUACUAGCUAGACGGAAAGACAACGGACGAGUAAUCAAGGCGUUGUUAUUGAGCUAGCUAACUGUUUGCUUGUUUCCAUUGGUGCCUUGUUAGCUAGCUAGCUAACCUGCCUUGAAGGCGGUUUGACAUUCACAUUACGUUGUUUUAAAAGGCUUGAUUUGGGACUCGACUGCGUAGCUGCAGUUUUAGUCCCGAAUUCACUCCUCCCCAGCGGCCCAGCCGGAGAUGCGUGGAAGAUGUCGGUUUCGGGGCUGAAGGCCGAACUGAAGUUUCUGGAGUCCAUUUUUGAUCCAAACCACGAACGCUUCAGAAUUAUUGACUGGAAGCCGGAUGAGCUAAACUGUCAGUUUAAUGUGACUGGAGAAAAACUGUUGAUUAUACAUUGCAACAUUACGGAAUCGUACCCCUCCACACCUCCAAUCUGGUUUGUGGACUCUGAUGACCCAAGCCUAACACAAGUGUUGGAGCGCCUGGAGGAUGUCAGAAAGGGCAGCACCCUGCUCCUGCAACAGCUAAAGCGGCUCAUCUGUGACCUCUGUCGGCUGUACAACCUGCCCCAGCACCCAGAUGUAGAGAUGCUGGACCAGCCCCUCCCUGCCGGCCCUGUAGGACAAGACCGAAAGCAUGGGGUCACAGACGAGGUCACGUCGGAAGAGGAGGAAGAAGAGGAAAUGGGAGAGGACAUUGAAGACCUGGACCACUAUGAGAUGAAAGAGGAGGAGCCAGUGGAUGGGAAGAAGUCUGAGGAUGACGGCAUCGAGAAGGAGAACCUGGCCAUCCUGGAGAAGAUCCGCAAGAACCAGAGGCAGGACCACUUGAACGUAAGUGCUCAUUCGGGUGCGGUAUCUGGUUCAGUGCAGGCCUCAGACCGCCUCAUGAAGGAGCUCCGGGAGAUAUACCGGUCCCAGAGUUACAAGAUGGGUAUCUAUUCAGUGGAGCUGGUCAAUGACAGCCUGUAUGAAUGGCACGUCAAGCUGAGGACCGUAGAUCCAGAUAGUCCUCUACACAGUGACCUGCAGGUUUUAAAGGAAAAGGAGGGAAUGGAUUACAUUCUGCUCAACUUCUCAUAUAAAGAUAAUUUCCCCUUUGAUCCACCAUUUGUACGGGUGGCUUCUCCUGUGCUGUCUGGAGGUUAUGUUCUUGGAGGGGGUGCCCUGUGCAUGGAGCUUCUCACAAAACAGGGCUGGAGCAGUGCCUAUUCCAUAGAGUCUGUAAUCAUGCAGAUCAAUGCCACUUUAGUCAAGGGAAAAGCCAGAGUGCAGUUUGGAGCCAAUAAGAACCUAUACAAUCUUGCCAGAGCACAGCAGUCAUACAAAUCCCUGGUCCAGAUCCAUGAAAAGAACGGCUGGUACACUCCCCCUAAGGAGGAUGGGUAAGAGGACCGUUGCCAUGCCUCCACUGGGACCACAUGUCAUGGGAGCAACCCCCCCCCCCACUUUUCUUUUCCCUCUCUAACUGGAGUUGUUUUCAUUGGGAGUUUGAUCCCCAUUCUGUUACCAUGAGAACCAACCAACCAAUGGUUAAAACCCCUCACUGACCAACCACCUUAUCCACUUCGCAAUAGGGGAUCCACCCUCUCGCUAUUUAUCUUUCUCUCACUUGUGCAAUCGCUCCCUCUGUUUUCUUCUGUUACAAUCUCACCCCUAAUCCCCUGAGCAUUGAAUUAGCUCCAUAUCUUGUGCAACUCCCUUAAAUCCUACUCUGGGCAAGCAAAGAAUAGCUUACUUACUGCCUGUGAUUUCGGGUCAAGGUUGAGGCAUGGCUUUUGCUAGUGACUGAAGCUGUCCAUCAGUCGCAUGACGGGCUGAGAUUCUCCGGCCACAGACUGAAACAGAGAAUGACAGGUGACAUUCCCCUUGUGACAGUGGAGGCUGGGAUGGACAAUGAAAUGCUGGUAGUGGGGAUGAGCAUCACCUCACUCCCCAUGGAUGGCCUCUGUCAUAUCUGUGCUUGUGUAUCUGUAUAUUGCCAAGAUUCCUCCUGGAAUAACAUGUCCUCCUAAAGCUAGCUUCCUUAAAAAACGGCAGGUCUACAAAAGCCAAAGGCCCUGAAUGGAGAGAGGAGAGCUAUAGACGCCUGACCAAGGUGUGACUGAGACGGCUUAAUGGAGGAUAUCCUGUUGAGCACAAGAGGUGGAGGCCGCCUCCACCCAGCCCAAUCUCCUCUCAGGCUGCUUUUGGAAAUAUGACCGGGCUUAGCAAAGGCAGGUUGGAUUUAAUCACUGUAAUGUAGUUGAAUAUAACUCCAUGUAAAACUUGUAGAGUUGUAUUUCUGAGAAUUGAUUUAAUUGUUUUUAACGUAACCUUGUGUGGGUUUUGGGGUUCGGGCGGGUGGAGACUGCGUUAGUAUACCCCUGGCUAUAGCAGGGGCAUCAAUUUCUCAAGGUGUAUUUCAGACGUAGGAUAACAAAGCAUUUGCUUCAUGGAUACUCUUGCAGAAGUUAAAAGGAAUACCUUUUAAACCAUGUUUUUAUGUAAGCAUAAUGACUACUAUUGUUUUGUUUUCCUGUAUAAAUUGAAAUACUUUUGUUAGUGGUUUCAUAUGUUCAAAAGUGACACACCAUUCCUUUUACUCAAUGACACAGUGGUGGUUUUUGGCCUUUGCUAAUUUCCCCGGUGACCCAAACUUGAUGAACCUUUCAGUAAGGCUAUGCACACACAAUUUCAAAACGGCUCAGUGCAGUCCCCUGCUUAAUUUGAAUCCAUCGUCUUAACUAGCUUGUUCACACUCCCACAUCGCCCAUCCAUGCCUAAUGGCUGCAGUGGACUUCUUCAUUCCACAUGCUCAAUAAUAAAAUAUUUGUUGAUUUAAAAAAAUAUAUUUUCAGGUCUGACUGUAAGGUGUGUAGUAAUGCCUUCAACAAAGACUGAGCCCCACUCAUUUCCAUCCUUUGCCUCCCCUCUCUGGUACCUUGUUUUCUGAUUAUUCACUUAUGACCUGACCUCAUGAUCUUGGUUGUCAGUGAUGGAAGGAAGUUUUUCAGAGGAACCCCUAACUCAUGACCAUCCUCAGCACUGUCAAACCUGGAGCAUGCCAAGUCUUAGCUAUAUGAAUAAUAUGCAGAAUAUUGUGUGAAGCAUCUGAUUUAAUGUUAUUACACACAUAUAAUGUUUUUUUGUUUUGUGUGUGGGUAUUAUCCACAUUGUUAGAAGUAUGUUGUCGCAAAAACCAGCAUAGGAACCAGCUUGUUCCUAGUAAAUAUUCCACUUUUUUUUGUUCAACGCUGUAGGUCAGCCCGACACACUAACCUCAUCCAGAACUGUCACCCUUGUGAAAUAUACUAAUAAUGGGUAUAUAAUGUGUAAUUAUGCUCCAUCUACCUUGUAUUUGUUGUAAAGUCAGCCACCCCCCCCACCUGUACAACACAAUGCUUCACGUUCUGUCAAAAUGGUGGCACUGAAGACUCAUUUACAGGUUUAUUACUAUUCACCGAAUAUGGUGACUGACUUUAUUACCAAAUAUGUCUACUACACAUGGAUAACCGUUGUCAUAGUCGUUAGGUAUUGGUACCAAGUGUGCCACAGCUUUCCCACAUGGCUGACCUCAUCGUGAACAUGCCCCGGCUAGAAACUCCCCUGUGUUCUCUGGAGAAGCAAACUCAGGAAUACAUAGCUACUGCACACUUGACUUAGCAAGGGAUUGCUUCACAAAUGUCACGAGAUGCAAAUUAUUAUUUUUUUAAACUAUUGUUUACUUCCAAAUUGGUUUCCCCUCCUAUAAUUACAGUAACCAUUGGCUUGCGCGCUCUCCAUUUGGCUUGUCUCGAUCUUUUUUAAAGUAGUCACUGGUAAGACUGGUAACAGGGUGGAGUGAUGAGGUGGGAGGGACAUGCUUGCUCUUGAUAUAGGCCCCAUAUAUCUCAUUCAAUCCCUCAGAUCAGGUUUGUGAUGCAGAAAGGUGAACCAACGCUUUACCUCACCCAUUUAAGCUCAUUGUCUUGGGUCGUUUCUAAUCUAGGACAUCAUCGUGAUCCUGUACCUCCUGGUUUUGUAGUCUUUUGCAUGUAGAUAUCUCAGAAAUUACUUUCACUCUAGGGACUAGGGUGUGUGUGUGUGGACUGGACAGUUUUGAUUUGUCAGGUUGGAUCAUUUAUAUUAGUUUGCAGAGGUCGGUAGAUGCUGUCUCAGUAAACCCCAUCUCUGGGAACAGAUUAUUUUUUUUAUAGAUUAAUGUAGGACUGACUCUCACCAGAUCAGCUUAGUUCUAAAGGAUACCAAUUGCAAAAAGGCUGUCUCCAACAGUUAUGGGCGUCCCGCCCAUGUGUUAGGAGUAUGAGGUCUAAAACAAAUGGACUACUAUACUAUUCUGUCCACCCCAGAGCAGGACUCCAACUCUUACUGUUUAAAUCCCUGUGCCUUCAGAGCAGACGUCAAAUGGGCUUUUAACUUCGUGGAAGGCCCCAAUGUCUGUUCUAAUGUCAGUCGUGCAGUGAAUUACAGCUCCUCUUAUACAGAUCCAGACCAGUUUUCUGACUAAAAACCCAGUGCGAUGGGAGAUUUUGGUUUGAGACCUGAAACUAAUUAUUGGUUCCUUUUUCUGGCUUCAUUUUGUGAUUGGCGAUUGAGCGGGUUAUAAAGUUAUGCACUGUUAGCAUGCUUUUAUUUUGUUUUUCAUUGCAAGGGUAAUUCUGACCAUGUACAGUAAUUUGUAAACUUGCAUCAAGUUUAUGAAUAAAGAAUUUUAUUAAAUA